AUGGCGAGCGCCAGAAGAGCAAAGCUCUUGAUCUUCCUGGCCUGCUCGAUUCUGACAGCUGCCUCCAAUGGCGUCAAACAAUCAGCCGAUAUCGGCAAUGCUAACUAUCCGCCUUCGAGCGAUGAUCUCCACAAUGAUCCACACAAGAUGGAUCCUCUCUACAUUCCACGAGGCACUUAUGAAGUGACCAACAAUGAUCCACACCACCGAACUGACUCCGAACCCCACCCAUCUGACAUCGAAUCCGACCGCUCCCGCUUCCGACGUGAUUCUAAUGAACACUUCACAACCAUGGUCGAUCGUAUGGAAAAGAUAUCUCGAGUGGUCAAUGGAAUAUCGAUUCAGCAGGGAAUCAUCAAUGGCACCCUCAAACCGGAUGCUCUCAUCUCGGAAUUCCUCAACUUCGGUGGUCUGACUAUUUCUGAAAUCGAAGCAAUCAAUGUGGAUGAAGUGACAAAAGUGGUCGAGGAGAUGCAGCAGUUGUCUAAAAAACUGGCGAAGGACGAUGGAAUUGCCAGGAUUGAAACUCGAUUUCUUUUGUAUGAAUCAAUGUUGGAAAAGACUAAAGGAAUCGGAAAGAACAUAACCAUUCCUGAGUUCAACCAAUAUUCGGAAGCCGUCAAAGAAUUGAUGAAUACCACUCCCGAUCAAGGUUUUUUGGACACUAUGCAAGACUUCGGCGCAUUCGUGACAGUUAUGGAUAGUCUGGAUCGUGAUGAUAAGAAAGACAAAAGUGUAACAUCAAAUCAGCUCACUUUAUGUGCCUCUUCUUAUUCAAAUGUCGUGAACAUGGACAAAUACAAGACAAGUCUUUUAAAAAAUGAAAUUCUUAGAAACAAGUCAACUUUCGAUCCAAUCGACAAGGCAAAUCAAGCUAUUUUGGAAUUUCAAAACGACUUAGGAGUUUCCAAUUUUAAAUUGAAGGACAAAGAAUUGAUGAUAUUAGUUGGAAACAACAUCGGAAACCUGACUACACUGGCUGCGAAGGCAAAAUCCUCAUUGUCUGUUCUGGAGAACCUUCGUCUUCCGUUCGUGACACGUCAUCACAUUCGUGGCAAUCGUCAAUUAACUCAGACACCUGGAUAUCAAAAUGGAAUCACUGAUUUUGGACUAAUCUUCAGCGAUUUGAAAGAUUCGUGGGUGCAACAAGCAGUUGAUGGACAAUCGGAUGCACUUGCCAAAGCAUUGGAUAAUCUGAGAGAUUUGAAGAGAGAUCUACAGACUUCAGAUGGCAGUUUCCACCUUGACAGUGCUGAAGAGACUAAUUUGAUGACUACAAAAGCGGAGAUGAUUGAAUUGUCUGAGUAUGCAAGACUUUUCGAUGAGUUUACAAAAUCAGUUAGAAAUAUUUCCGUAAAAUUUGGUGUGACUGAUAUGGAACCAUCAAACGGCCUCGAGUUUCAAAAACUCAUGGGCAACAUUUUGCUUCUCUCUGAUCAUUUGCGUGCUUUGGAAGUGGUCGUGGAUGUCUCAGGAAAACUUGUAGCCGAUGAGGGUGGUGAUAUAAAGAAAUUCCUGGAAAUUAUCAAAAAUCCAAAAAGCAAUACAGCCUUCACCCUAUUGGAUAAUCUCCGAAAAAGUGAAGAGUUCAAAAAAGUCAUGAAGUUGGUUCGUACUGCGGAGGCAUCGAUUGGUGUUCUUGUCAAGAAAGAUGAAUCUGGAAACGACCCGAAAUCGGUCAUUGAGACGGCUAAAGCCGUUCAUGGAAGUUCGAGUCAGAUGCAACCAUAUUUGGACGGUUUGGAUAAACUUUUAUCAAACAUGGACACUUUACGGAAUGUGCCUGGAAUCGACCAAAUGGGAAAAGCAAUCAGAACUAUUCAGUACUAUAGGAAUCACACGUUCAAGUCUUCUAGUUUCGAGAAAAUUUCCAACAAAGUGAACAACGCUAAGAACUCGUUGACAAAGCUUCAGAAGUCACUGGCCGACAUAAAAGGAGACGUAACGCCAGAAUCCACAGCAUUGGUUGAAUUGAGAGACUUAUUCACGGAUUCCCAGAAUAUUGGUGGAGCUACACGUGUCUUCCGGAGCAUGCAGAUGGCUAAGGAUAAGAAAUUGGUGGUCGUGACUCCAGCGAUGGCAGACGUGGUGAAAAAGUUGAAAAAUGUGAGUCCAAAACAACAGGAACAAUUGAAUCAGUUGAUGGGAUUGGACAAAGAGUUGACUACCUUGAUCGCCGCAAUUGGAAAGAUCGAGACUUCUGUGACGCCAUCAACAUCUACUGAUCUGAUUUCCCUCUGGCCAAUCUUCUCACUUGCUAAUGGAGCCAAAGGAAUUCCAAUGGACUUUUUGGAAACCAGUGAGACAAUCGAGAUGCUAUCGAAGGAUCCGAGUCUGAAGAGCCAUCAACAAGACCUUCUGAAGAUCAAGAAUGACUUGGAUACUCUGGAUUCGCUUGGUUUGGACUACUCGAAGCAUCAGUCUGCGAUCAAGGGAACCGCGGAAUCGUUGAAGCAACUCGACUUGUUCUUUGCUUCUUACGAGAGAAAAGUCACUUCAGCGGUUGUAUCAGUAUCGGCGCCACCAUCUGCACAGAAUUCAAUCUCUGGAUCCGGCGGAAUCAAUGCAGAAACAGAAGAGCCAGAUUGGAACAAACCAAUUGUAUUCAUCCCUAUCAUCCUGGUCGGUCUUUUUUGCAUAGGAGGUAUAGUGGGUGCGAUUAUCUAUUGGAUAUUGAAGAAUCGAGUUUUCAAAAUCGUCAUCGAAGACCGCGUAUACGAAAUCUAUCUCGCGGAUAUAAUAUGCAGAAUGUUGUGUUUCAUCAAACAUUAUAAACAAGAAAACGAAAAAAUGUUGUACUCCACUGGCUUCAAAUUGUACUUCCUGGCACUAUUUGAGCAUACGUGUAAACCAACAGAUGGAGAAGAACAUUAUGAUCAUGUCACUAUGACUCACGCGUUAUUACAAGGAUCUAAACAACCACUCUCGAAAAAUGAGCGACUUCAAAUAAGAAAAAAUAAGAAAUUGUUCAGAGAGGAUCAGUAUAUACAUGCGAAUCAGAUAAAAUAUCGCAACAACUUCAAAUUAGCACUCUUCCAACCUCCUCAACUAGGCAGUCAGGAGAAUAAUGUAGUUCCUGAGACUGUUGGAACAUUCUACUGGGCAAUGAAGACAUGUAAAGCGAACUUGGUGGUGUGUAUGGCAAAGAUAGGAUCGGAUUGUUUCCAAUACUUCCCUGUGAAAGUAGGAGAUUCGUUGACAUUUGCUAAUGAGAAUCUUGUUGUCACUUGCAAGUCUUAUAAGGAGAUAUGCCGCAAUAAAAUUCGAAUUCGAACUUUGGAAAUCAAGUUCGAAGGAUAUAGCGCAUUCACCAUCACCCACGCUCAUUACGAUGAAUGGACAAGCAAUUUCUUUCCGACUGACUACCUUUCGCCGAUCGUUUCGAUUUUAAUGAAAAUGGAUAAAGAAAAAAAGAUGGUUUUCAUGCACUGUGACUCUGGCCUCCAUCGUUCAGGAAUUUUGGCUCAGGUCAUUAUGAACAAGAGUCAGUUGGGACCGGAUAAUGGAUAUCUCGAUUAUGGUUCGUCUGUGAAUAAGGUUCGAAAAUCUUGCAGUGGUGUCAUCAAGAAUGGAACCGAGUUUCUGAAUAUGGCCGCUAUCACUUUCAAAUUUAUCAGAGCGUCAGUACAAAAAAGCAGUCCAGACAAGAAAUUUUCGGAGACCACGGAAACGCAUAUCAAAAUCAUCGAAACAUGCAUUCUAAAUAUCUCGGAAAAUGCUAAGAUUCAGUUGAAUGUUGAGAAGUUGCAUGAAAUGAUGAACGGAAAGAAAGACGUCGCGAAAGGAUCGAAAGUGGCUGGAAACACCAAGAAUGAAGAUGCGAAUAAGGAGGCUAAAGCAAAUCUGUCGAAAGGACAGUCUACGUCGGCAAUACCUGGCAUAAAAUUUGUAAAUAACCGACCGGUAAAAGACAAGAAUCUGGAUACCGCUCUGAAUGAAACGUUGAAAGUCAUAGAUGAUGCGGUAGAGCAAUUGAAGAGUAAUAAGUCGAAGCCGAAUGUCAAUGAACCAGAUAAGGAGAAACCAGUUGUCCAUGUACCCGAGGAACACCCUUCACUAGUAGUAAAUGAGCCUAUUGAUGACAAUAAAGAUGUGAAAGAAGUGGAUGAAAAGGGCACGAAGACAGCGGAGGAAAAAGAAACGAAAACAGUGGAUGAUAAGGGCAUGAAUACAGCGGAAGAGAAGCCAAUGAAAACUGUGGAUGAGAAGGAGAUGAAAAAAGCGAAACCGGAAGUUAAAGCUCAAAAAGAAAAAGGUUAUAAGAAAUGUCAACAUCAUGAUUUGCUCUAUGGAUGUUGGGAAGAAAGAAAACAAGCGUAUGAGACGAUGGAGGAUGAGGAAUCUGAUUGGGGCUCUAUCAAAACCAAGAAAAAAGCAAAGUAA